UCCUGACCACAACAAACAUGGAGGAAUAUGCACGCGAACCUUGUCCCUGGAGGAUUGUGGAUGACUGCGGCGGUGCUUUCACCAUGGGUGCAAUUGGUGGAGGCUUAUUCCAGGCAGUAAAGGGCUUUCGAAAUGCUCCUGCUGGUGUUGGACACCGGCUGAGAGGCAGUGUGAAGUCAGUGCGAGUCAGAGCUCCGCAGAUCGGAGGCAGCUUUGCCGUGUGGGGAGGACUUUUCUCCACAAUCGACUGCGGUUUAGUUCGGCUGAGAGGAAAAGAGGAUCCUUAUAACUCCAUAGCGAGCGGUGCCCUGACCGGGGCCAUCCUCGCAGCACGCAGUGGGCCUUUAACCAUGAUGGGCUCGGCCAUGAUGGGAGGAAUUCUACUGGCUGUCAUCGAGGGGUUUGGCAUUCUCCUGACACGAUACACAGCGCAGCAGUUUCAGAAUCCGAUUCCCUUUGCGGACGACCCCGGUCAGUCACCUCCAAAGGACGGUGAUCAACAGCAGCAGCAGCAGGAAGAGAAAGGCUGGUUUCAGUAGAGAGCGUCAAGACCCGAGGCCCACUGUGAACACAGUG